AUGGCCUGGAGGCUGUUGCUCAUCUUUAUCAUGGUCCAUUCAGGAUCUUGUGCUCUCUGGGUGACCCAGCCCCCUGAGAUUCAGACCCAGGAGGGAACCUCCAUCUCCCUGCCCUGCUCCUUCAAUGCCAGCAGAGGGAGCCUGGCCAUUGGCUCAGUCAUGUGGUACCGGGACAAGGUGGCCCCAGGGAAGGAAGUGAGGAAUGGAACCCCUGAGUUCCAGGGCCGUCUGGCCCCCCUGAACCCUACACACUUCCUCCACAACCACCAGGCUGAGCUGCACAUUCGGGACACACAAGUCCAUGACACUGGAGUCUACCUGUGCAGGGUGGAGGUAUUGGGCCUGGGCACUGGCACAGGGAAUGGCACUCGGCUGGUGGUAGAGAAAGGAUCCUCUCAGCAAAAGGCCAGCACCAUCCUUCUCCUCCUCCGGGCUGCGUUCUAUGCCUUCAGCUUUCUCUCUGUGGCCAUAGGGAGCACCAUCUAUUACCAGGGCAAAUGUAAGUAA